AACGUGCCGCCGGCCCGCGUCUCUGUCGCUUGUUCGCUAGCUCGCUUGCUGGGCUCUGCGGCGAACCGGUACCUCUGCCAGGCAAGCCAUGAAGCUGACUCGGAAAAUGGUGCUGUCCCGGGCCAAGGCCUCGGAGCUGGAAAGCGUGAGGAAGCUAAACUGCUGGGGCAGCCGCCUCACCGACAUCUCCAUCUGCCGGAGUUUGCCCAGCAUCGAAGUGAUCACCCUCAGUGUCAAUAGCAUCUCCAGCCUGGAGCCCGUGAGCCACUGCCCGAACCUGAGCGAGCUCUACCUGCGGAAAAACAGCAUCCCCAGCCUGGACGAGCUCUUCUACCUGAAGGAGCUGCCCCGCCUGCGGGUGCUGUGGAUGGCCGAGAACCCCUGCUGCGGCUCCGACCCGCGGCAGUACCGCAUGACCGUGCUCCGCAACCUGCCCGGCCUGCAGAAGCUGGACAACCAGACCGUCACCGAAGAAGAGCUGUCGCAAGCCUUGAUGGAGGGCAAGGAGAUCACGGCCGCUCCGGCCAGGCAGGCCUCCGAGAACGGCCACGCCGAGCUCUCCUGUGAGCUGAGCACUGUCGACUCGUCCGCAGACACGGAGAGCGACGCCCUCAGCGAGAGCAUGGAGGAGACCAACAAAAUCCGGGAGCAGCUCGGCAUGAAGCCCCUCCCCAGGGACCGCUUUCCUUCCUUCUCCCCAAGAGCAUCAUCGGCCGGUAGUCGUAAGAAGAGGAUGAGUGGGCCUGGGAGCACUUCCCCAUGUAGCCAGUACGAGGACAGUCCUGGAGGAGCCCCGGGGCUCCCCGCUUACCCAGAGGCUGGACUUCCGUCAGCACCCCCUGAAAACAACCUCCUGAAUGCCGUCCUGCUGCUUCUGAAGGAGCUGGACGCCAAGGAGCUGGAGGUCGUCCAGCAGACCGUCACCCGCCGCCUCCAGGCCCUGCAGAAACCCGAGCUGCCCCAGGACCGCUAGGGCCCGGCCUGCUCUGUCCAGCCCGAGCCACACACCGGGGUGGCUGGUGUGGUCAGCCCAUCCAGUCGGCCACGUGGCUGCCCCCCACCCCAGGGACAGGGUGCAGGGGGCGGGGCCACCCGCAGAGGUCCCGUUUGGAUCUGAGCGUUCCAUUCAAAAUCCCAUCUUCCCAAUAAGCGGAAUUGCUCAGAACGCGUCCUUGCCGUCCUGAGGGGGCUGUAGGGAGACUUCCAGCCACAGGCACUGGAGGAAGUGGUACCCACCUGGGUCCUCUUCCCUGACCCACGAGGCUGGGCGGGCCCUGGGGGCCACACGGAGGCGAGAAGGAGCCCGGUGCUGGGCCCCAAAGUCCCUUUGCCGGAGGCUCCGAAGCUGUCAGGAUCAUCUCCCGACGAAGCCUGGCCUCCUGAUGCAGGGCCCCCAGGCUGGGGCUCUGCCAGGGUUUGCUGCCCAGGGGGCCCUUGGGUUGUGGGUCUGGGAAAUCCUGCAUUUGCUUGGGGGGCGGGGCUGUACUGCUUGUUCUUGGGCUUCCUCCCACGAGCAUCCGAAUCUCAGUAAAAUAAAGCGUUUUGUCAGAA